GACAAAAUGCCCGCAGUUACGUAAACUGUUCAAGGUCGUGGUGAUAAAAUGGGAGAGGUUUAAAGGUCGAUCGCACCGUGUGUGAAAGUCCGUUAUAUGUAUGGGAUUUCAGUUGUACUUUUUGUCAUCAAAAAAUGUUUCAUAGCUAGACGCAGUCCUUAUAUGGCGUAAAGAAUAGUCAUCCAAAUUGGUUAAAAAGAUGCAAGAUAUAGUUGUACCAGAUACUGCUUUAUUGUAUCCUCUUCCAAGGAAGCAAUUUUUGGCUGAAUUAUGGAUUACCUCUGGGAAGCUGUUGGUGGUUCUUGAAUCUUCAUUAUUUAUUGAGGAUGUACCUCAUUCGGUAGACUUUCAAAAAGACCUCACGAUCGUAACUGAAUACAUAGCCAAUGGUGGGCGUGUUCUAUUGAUUUUAGAUACGACAGAGGUGAAUAAUUUCCCCUCAUCGAGUCUUGCUCAUUAUGCUUUACUUUCAAACGAAUCUCCUAAUCUGUUUGAAAACAAUUAUUCAUACUGGAAAUGGAUGUAUAAAGAUUCGAUUUUAACUGGUGGAUAUCAUCGCCUGGAAAGUGAUAAUGAUAAGGAGGUUGAAGUUCAAAAGGAUCAACCAUUAAUUGCUAUUCUCAGUAUUGAUUGUUUGAAAAUCGAAGCAACACGUUUGGAAAAUGCGUUCAACCUUCUUGGGAUACCGUGUGUACCUUGUGUUGAUCUGGAAGACAAUACACAUGAUAAACUACUGUCUAAUUCCCUAUCCUCAGUUCAUUUAUCCGAUUCAAAGACUUUGCAUUGUUUUACACCGGACUCUGAGAAAAAGAAGAUCGUUAAUUUUCUCAUUAAGGAAUUUUCAACGAAAUGCAAAAAAGAGAUUUCCUAUUGUUCUACUCUAUCUGAUCUUCCAUUGGGUUUCAACUGGAUAGAUUAUUUUUCAAAUCUUCAUACUGAACAUUUAGGUAAAUUGAUUGUUUGGUCUAACUCAAUGGAAUCUAGUUGGGAUUUCUGUCAACAAUUCUUUGAACGAAUCCAUCCAAAUUCUGGUCUGCUGGUAUGUUCUAAUAUUCAAUCUAAAGGGAAAGGUCGAGGAGAGAAUAAGUGGAUUAGUCCUGUUGGACAAGCUGCAUUUACAUUCCAUUUAACAUUAUCCACUUUCAAUAGUCAAAUGUUUAUGAAUUGUGUGACUUGUGUACAACAUAUUGUAGCGUUGAGUAUAGUUUUGGCUUGUAGACAAUUAAUUGCUGAACAUUUAGAGAUCAUUUCAGGUGAUACUAAUUUUUGUGAUAUCAAUGAAGAAUUUCUUGUUGAUCUUCAAUAUCAUGGACCUAAAAUCCUUAUUAAAUGGCCAAAUGAUAUUUAUGUUGUCGAAAAUAUUAAUUGGUGUAAUAAUCAAGAUGUCAGUUCGACGCUUUUGCAACAAAAUAUUAUUGGAAAACUGGCUGGUGUAUUAGUUCGUUGUCGUUUAGUUGGUUCAAAUCACGUGGAAUUAUUGAUUGGCUGUGGCAUUAAUGCAUUCAAUGAACUACCUACGACAUGUUUAGAACAUGUAUUGAUCAAAUCUCAUCCGUGUAAUAAGAGACCAACAUUUUCAAUUGCCAAGUUAAUUUCACUUGUAGUAAGUUACAUUGAAAGAAUAAUCACGAGGAUCUAUAAUCCGAAUUCAAAUUAUGAUCUUGGAUGGGUGCUUCACUUAUACACGAAAUGCUGGAUUCAUACUAAUCAAAAAAUUCAACUUUACGUCAAUCCAACGUUGAGUGAAAAUAACCCUGGCGUAAUUGAUCAACAGCAUUCAACUGAUACGAAUACUUACCGCAUAGUUGGUUUAGAUAAUUAUGGUUAUCUAUUAGUAGAAGAUAUAUGUACUGGAAUUCGACAUAAGUUACAUCCAGAUGGCAAUUCAAUGGAUAUGAUGCGUGGUCUAAUUAUUACUAAAUAAAAAAAUCUAAUCCAAAAAGUGAAAUGUCCUCUUUUGUUUGAAAAUUCAGUCCAAUUAGAACUGUCAUAUGAUUAGCUAACCAACUAACUGCCUUUCACUCCAUAUUCUAGUCAUUUUUAUAUGCUCAGAUUUCUUUACUUAAUAUAUAUGACGAUUUAAGGGAAAACGAUGCUAUUCGCUUAUAUGUGUAGUUCUAAAUAUGUAUUCAUCUCAUUUUGUUGUACUUAAUAGUACUAUAUUUGGGUAAUGACUUGAAACAAGACGGUUAUGUGAGUGUUGUGACUUGAACUAAAUACUGAUUACUACUACACUGGUAAAACUGUUAUUGGCUACUUACUGCAAGGAAACGAGACUACUAUGUGGUUGCAAAGUGAAAAACAAGAUCGUGGAAGAAGAUUGAUUUAUUCAUCAAUAAUUAAUUAAUACGGCAUCCGCAAUCGUAAUCAUAAUAAUCUGAUGUGUUUAUAUAAUUUGCAAAAUCCAAUGUAUUGACUGUUAAAUGUUACUCAGGGAUGAAUUAUAUGUUUGUUUUCUUUUUGACAAUUUUUUUAUUUGAAGAAAUAUACAUUUUUUGUGGUCAAUAUUUUGGAAUGUUUUCAGUUAUUUUAAUAUAAUAAUAUAAUAUAAUAUAAUAUAAUAAUGUACUUCUGA